UUCGCGGUUGCACGCGGUUCUCCUCAUUUUUAUUACUUCCGCGCACGUAAAGAAGAUAAACAAUUGUUUAUCGAUGAAUUUUCAGAACAUUGAUCAAGCGGAGUCUUGGCAACCGGUUGUACCAUUUUCUGAGCGCGAUCGUUUAUUCGCGAGACACGCUUUGAUCGUACUUUGACGUACACCACGAGACAAUACACGAUUUUUUGAUAGGUCUUCGGUACGGGUUUGGGGUUGGCGCGAGGGAUAAAAAGAAAAAACGCGUCUUCUCUCUACGUGAGUACGUCGUAAUAAUCCACCUGACGCGCGUGAUCACAUUUUAUAAUUAAAUCCGUGCUCCCCUCCAACAUCACGGACAGUAGCGAUCCGCGGGACCUGUCUGGAACACCCGGACGCAUUGUAAUUGGAAUGUCCACAUGAAGCUGCUGAAAUUCUUGCUUCGUUAUUUCCCGCCAGGUCUCGCGCUGGAGUACACGCAAGGCGGUGACGUCAAAACAAAGAUGAUCGAUCUGCUGGAUUUGUCUGCCGACACGGACGUAAGAGCAUUAGCCAAGAGCAUAAAAGCGACCGAACCUGUAAUAACCGAAAGUGUAAUGGACCAAUUAGUCGAGACCCUGCAGAAGCUCCAGGCCAAAGUUUGCGACACACGUGCCAAGCGCUACUACAAAUACAAAACCCUGAAGACUCAUCUUUUGCCGGUCACCGGCAUAACGUGCGAUAAACUAGGUAAAAGAUGCCUGACAAGCAGCUACGACCGAACUUGUAAAGUUUGGGACAUUGACAGUGGAGAGGAGCUUCUUACUCUCAAAGGCCAUAAGAACGUGGUCUACACCGUCUCCUUUAACAACCCGACUUCGGACAAAAUCGUAACCGGAUCCUUCGACAAGACGGCGAAAAUCUGGUGCUCGCAGACGGGUCAUUGCCUCGCGACAAUGUGGGGUCACGACGCCGAAGUGGUGGUGGCGAAAUUUUCACCCACGCAACCCAGACUCGCGACCGGUUCCUUCGACGAGACUCUGAGGAUAUUCCACGUGGAAACCGGUGAGGAGUUGGGCGCGUUAAGGGGCCACACGGCGGAAGUUAUUGCGCUGCAUUACAACGACGAUGGAAAUCAGAUUAUAUCGGGUUCCUUCGACGGGGCCGUGAACAUCUGGGACACAAGAACUUUAACAUUGACUCACGUGUUAAACGGACAUCGCGCGGGAUUGUCGAACUGUCUUUACAAUUUCGACUGUUCGCUGAUCGCCUCGUCCUCGAUGGAUAAGAGCGCGAAGGUGUGGGACGCGAGAACGAAUCGCUGCGUGGCGACUUUGUUGGGACACGACGACGAGGUGCUGGAUCUCGCGUUCGACAACGGAGGCAGAAAACUGGCAACGGCCAGCGGCGACACCACCGCGCGAGUUUGGGACGUGAGCAACAAUUUUGAACAAUUGGCUCUGAUGGAAGGUCACAAAGAGGAAGUUUCGAAAGUGUGUUUCAGUCCAAACGGCCAUCAACUUUUAACCGCUUCCUCGGACCGAACGGCCAGACUCUGGUCCGCGAGCGACGGCGUCUGUCUUCAACAACUUAGGGGACACACCGACGACAUCUUCGCUUGCGCGUUCACGUACUCAGGUGACAGCAUAAUCACCGCGAGCAAGGACAACACGUGCACGAUUUGGAGGUGACUCGACUGGUUUCAGAUUCGCUGAAAAUCAUUGACGACGUCACCGACUGUCACCAACGCGUUAGUUUUGCAACAAUUGUUGUCGAGAGCGUCGACGAAGCCUCGGAACACGCGGAGCGCCGCUAAUCAGAAGAGUUUCAAGUUCAAAUCGAGAUGAUUCCUUCGACAACGAAGUUUUUCGCGAAUUAAUAUUGGGAGAAAUUUCGCGAAAUCAAAGAUAGUAUCAAAGAUAGCAAUUAACAAGAAUAAAUAUUUUCUUCGUGUUACAAAAAUAAAAAUUAGGUUUUAUUGAUAUUUACUGAUUCGCACGAAAAAACAACGUGGACUGAUCAUCGAAAAUCCACCGACUUCUCAUUUCGAAGACUCGUACGACUGUCCGAAUCGGUAAAUAGUCGCUGUUUUUCACUUCUCAUCAGAGAUUUUUGCAGAAAGAUGAUGAACAAAAAAAAACAGAGUUGGAAAAUGCGCUGCGUUUGAUCUCGAACGUUAUUGCUGCGUUAUUUUGCGUAGUCACGGUUUACGUGUAGAAACUAUCCAACGCAAUAAUAUAAGUUAAAAAAAUAAGACACAUCUACGGAAAACACAUACAGCUUGUGUCGUUUUAUUAAUCAAUUAACAUCUGUCUUUUGAAAAUUUAAAUAGCAGCGCUAAUUUUUUU